CCCGAGACGCGCGACAGGCGUCGCGAAAAGUUUCGACUGAUUAGCCACGGUCUUCCGCUUGUUAUGUAUGCGUUUUCUAUUUGUAUUUUAAAAUAAAUAUCGCUACUCUCGAACCGUUUCGUUCGCGGAUGCCUUCGCACGCUUCCUUUUCGUUUUCGAACCGCGAAAUUUCGGUACGCCUGGAAAAUUUUGCUGACCGGUCGAACGAACGCGAUAAAAACCUUGAAAAUCCCUCGAUAUGGAUCCUAGAAAAUUGCGAGUGUACACCGAAAGAUUCGAGAAAGAAAAAAAAUAUAUACGUUUACAGGAGAAGUUCGUAGCGAUCGGUCGAAACCAACCUCUGACCGGUAAAUUUUAUGCGAAGCACGACGCGAUCCCAGCGUCCGAAGUGCGUCAGGAAUACGUCGAUUUAAUUACCAAACGUCUGAUCUCGGUACCAACGGACAUCUACGAGUUCAGGCCACCGACCGUUAACAUGGAAUACGGCUGGUUCUCGAAGCCUCUGAUACCCCUAACGGACGAUCCAAGAUUACGCUUUCCCAGAACUCGCACGGAUUUCAUCGUUAACGAGAUUCAUAUACGGCACAGUCAACGAGGGUUACCAGUCGAGAAAUUCACCGGAAUACCGUUUAGAGCAUAAAACUCCAAAUUCUUCCCUCCUGAAAAUCUGAAUUCUUUCCUUCUGAAAAUCUAAACUACUCCAAAGUAUCGAGAUAUCUGUUUAAAAGUUCGUUAUCGACCUCUUGUGCCUGCGUCGACGAAACGCAGUUUCGAUUUUAAUCGCUUCUAUCUAUUUUUUAAUCGUCUGUAUACCGUAUAUACACCGUAUUAACUUUAUCCGAUUCCCUGUUCGUUCGACGGAAAGACAAACUUUUCUCUUACAUAUAUGAUUUAAUAAAAAAUCAUUCCCUUCGUUUCUUUUAUGAAAAGUACAUAUAUAUAUACACUAUUGCAAAGUAUAUUGGAUAGAAAAAAAUAUAUUUGAUUGGCGGUAUCGCGAACUUUUCAAAGUAGAAUGUCCUCGUUUCCGAGGAAUUUUUCUCGAAUAUCGUCUCGAUGGCCGUUCGAGGAAGCAAUGGCGCGAAGAGCGCGUCAAUCGACAUUCUUCUAUUUUCAACGCGUUAAACAUGUCGAAGACAACGUAAAUGAUCGUUACGAAGCAUGCAUCCGCGAAAUUUCUGAGCGACUCGAGAACGUGAGACCGAAGCGAUCUCGGGGAAAAUUCAAUAUCGAUGUUGUGACGGUACCGUCACCUGGCAACGAACCCGACGCUGAUCCCGCUUCAAGAUGGCACGAGUCCGUUAAGCGGGUAUAUACGCGUUCCUCCCGAGACUAGAAAAAUCGUCGGACCGUGACUGGGCGUUUACGCGCGAUCAAAUUUCAACGUUUCCGGUAGACGUUGCGUUCGUAAGCCGCGAAGAGGAUGUUAAUCUAACCGCGGAUAAAAGCGCAUCGGCGAAUCGGCCAAGUCAUGGCAGGAAAAGGUUUCUGCGUGAAGAUACGAUUAGAGCUGCACGCCGUACGUAUCGCGAGCAUCUUCUACCUAUUUCCCGAACGAGCGUAAUCGAUCCAGACUGCGUCGAACGAUCGAAAACUAACGUUUCAGAUAACGUGUCCCGGCGUAUGGCUGUGUCCUAACGGCAAAGUUGCGCUACGAAUAACCAGUCUCGGUUCUACCCUUGAAUCUCACAGAGUAUCACCGAUUUUUCCACUAUUAUUUCACGACGAGUUUAACUUUAAGAAAACUUUCACACGGCUGGCUACU